AUGAAGUUAUAUUUUGAAGCUGAAAAAUUUCUAAAACAAUCAGAAGGGAAUUUACAAUCAAAGGUAUUCAAUGAUAAGAACUUAAAAAGUAACCCUAAGCAUAUAUAUGCUUUAGUAUACCUGACAUUAAAAUAUAAAGAGUAUAUUCAACAAAUUAUAACAAAAUCAAAAAUCAAUAAACAAUUAAAAAUAAGUAAUGAAUUAUUAGCUUUAUUAAUACAUGAUUUAUUAUUCAGCUCAAGAGGGAGAAUAGAGAGUGGGAAGCAUCACAUCAAAGAUUCAUUUUUGGCAAAUAAAACUAGACUACAAGCAGAAUUUAUAAAAUUAAAAUUAAAAUAUAAAGUUAAAUCAGUAGAUCAGCUACCUACAGUAGAACAAGAUGACGAAACCCCAAUACGAUGGUUUAGAAUUAACACCAUCAAAAUAGAUCCAGAAAGAUUUUUCAAAAAACACAAAUUAAAUUUACAACCAGUGAGUAGAUUUCAAGAUCUAACGAAGCCAGGAUUAAUUUAUCAAGAUGAUCAUAUUCCAAAUUUAUAUGGAGUGCAUCCAAAAGAAAAAAUUACAACAUCAACAGAAGCAUAUAAAUUAGGAGAAAUUAUCAUACAAGAUCGUGCAAGUUGUUUUCCAGCAUAUAUAUUAAAUUAUAAAGAUGAACAUUCUAAAAUUAUUGAUGCAUGUGCUGCCCCUGGAAAUAAAACAUCUCAUGCGGCUAGUUUUGUUGAAGAUGUAGUAUAUGCAGUAGAAAAAGAUUCAAAAAGAGUUGGUAUUUUGAAACAAAUGUCUGAAAAGGCAACUGGUAAAAAUAAAAAGAAAUUAAUCCAGGUGUUACAUCAAGAUUUCACUACUAUAAAACCAGAAGAUUAUGAAGAUGUCACUGGUUUAAUAGUCGAUCCGUCUUGUAGUGGUUCGGGAAUUUUUGGCAGAGCAAUGGAUGAAGAAACUAAAAAUUCAGAUAGACUUGAAAAAUUAGCAUCAUUUCAAUUCACCAUUAUGAAACAUGCAUUAUCAUUCCCAGGUGCUCGUAAAGUAGUUUAUUCAACUUGUUCAGUACAUGCUGAAGAAAAUGAAAGAGUUGUAGUAGAUUUAUUAUCGGAUGAAACGGUGAAAAAUCAAGGUUGGACAUUAGCUGAUAGAGAAGUUGUAUUAUCCACAUGGGAAAGAAGAGGUAUAGAAGAUGAAUUUAUGACUUUGACGAGAGAUUCCGAAGUAAUUAAAAAAUUAGCGGGUGGUUGUAUUAGAACUAUACCGAAAGAAGACGGUGGUAUUGGAUUUUUUGCUGCUUGUUUUGUUAAAAAAUGA